AAAAACUCUCAUUUUCCAAAAAUGGCCUCCAUCCCUCUCCUCCGUUUCACUCUCCCCAAAACCCUAAAACCCAAAACCCCUCUCACACCCCACCACCUCCUCUUACCCCACCCCCUCAAACCCACCAUCCCAAAACUCCUCCAAGCCCAAAAAGCCCAAACACAAACCAAGCCCAAUUCCAUCUCCGCCACCUACAACCCAAUCCCCGCCACAGACCGCUUAAUCUCCGCCGUAGCUUACUUUCUUCCCUUUUUCAACGGCCUUCAAUACGGCCGUUUCUUAUUCUCUCAAUACCCUUCCCUAACUCUCCCAUUUCAACCCAUUCUUCCACUUCUCUCACUCUACCGUUCAAUCCCAUACGCUAGCUUUGUCACCUUCUUCGCCCUCUACUUAGGAAUUGUACGGAACGAGAGUCUAAACCGUUACGCCCGUUUCAAUGCGCUUCAAGCGGUUGUACUUGACGUUUUAUUGGUGGUACCGAUGUUGAUUCAGCGGAUAUUCUCUCCGGGUCAAUCUGGAAUUGGGCUGAAACUUACAAUGAUGAUGCAUAAUGGGCUUUUUGUGUUUGUUGUGGGAUGUUUUGUUUAUGGGCUUGUUAGUUGUAUCCUUGGGAAAACUCCUUACUUGCCUUUUGUUACUGAAGCUGCUAAUAGGCAAAUGUAAGCCUUUUUCUUUGUGAAUGAACAUUUUGUUAUGUGUUCCUUAUUUGAUUUCUUUUGAUACUUAAUAUUUGGUAAUGAAUUUUUGGCAGUGUGUUAA